GAAAACUAUUAUAUUAAUGAUCAUUGAUCUAUAAUAUGAUAUAUCUCAGUACCAGUCUGUAAUCCAAAUGACCACGUUACACGAUUUAAAAUAAAAAUACAUACUUUAAACCACGUUCAUUCGAGUGAUCAUUGAUCAAUAAUGAUAUCACCACAUAAAACUAUAAAAGAUAAUAAUAAUAUGUGAUAUGCUCAUAUCAUAGCCGGACGAAGGAUAGAUUGUCUCAAUCAUAGAUAACAUACAUUUUACUGAUUUUAAUUUAUAGUAUCUACCUCAAAUUUCUGUAAUUUAAAAAGUAUUAUACUAAUAUAAUAUUGUAAAAAUACAACAAGAUUGGAAUACUGUUGGCGAAUAAUUUAAUUUGCGUGCAGCUUACAAAAUAUAACCAUAACUCUGAGCCCCAUUAAGAUCAUUGACAAUUAUUAUGAGCAAGUUCAGAGUAACGUCGGAUUUUGUAGUCAACGCGUUGUGCGCAGUGACUAUUGGUGCGGGCGUUGUCGAAUAUUCUUCUAAUAUAAUUUUAAAUGAUUUAUAUGUCAAAUAUUUUAAAGAAGCAAACAAAAAUAAUAAACCAGUUGUAUUAAGUGAAUCUCUUCGAAAACAAUAUGAUAAUGUGAUUCAUGAUUUAAAGUUGACAGAUUUUAAAAAAGCUUUUAUAAUACCAUUUACAGCUAAAGGCAUUAAUUCAAUAAAUGUUGGUUGUUUGAAUACCCGCAUGGGUAGUUAUAUAGGAAUUCCAAGUAUUUAUGAUCUUAAUUCGGCAGAUGAUGUUUCAAUUCUAAAUGCUGCAGAUUUAAAUUUACAAGAACAAUAUACAAAACUUAUUAAUGACAAGUCUGAGUUUGGUCAACAAUUUGUGAAGUCGUUAGUCCUCAGUGAACCUGCUAAAAAAUAUAGUAUUGCUCGAGAAUUGAUGCUUACAGACAAUCACCGAAUACUUAUUAAAUCUAUUUUACCUUCUGUAGUAUUAAUGCCGAUGUAUGCUUUAGGACAUUUCAUGUAUUACAGAUUACCUCCAAACCCAGCCAGAGUUAGAUCAUUAGCACUUAUCUUAGUAAGUAAUAUAGGAGUAUUAUUAUGGUUUUUAAUAAGAUCUGCUACUGAAAAUUUUUAUCAAAAAAAAGCUGAUGAAAAAUUAUGUAAUUUUGGUGAAGAAUACAUUAAGGGCGGAAUAGAGUAUUAUGAAAUAUUAAUUCAAAGAAACCUAGCUUUAAGAAACAUUUUACCUAAUGGUGAAAACAUGUAUUCAAAAGAAGGAAAUCAAAUUGAUUUUAUUUCAGAAUUAUCUGAAUUACCUUUAACAUACAGAAAAAGGUAUCUUGAAAAUAGAUUAAAAAAUUAUAUAAAUGAAAAUAAAGAAAUAUUAACAUAAUUUGAUUAAAUAUUUCAAUACUUUUUUUUAUUAUUUUAUUAGUUAAAAUUAAUUAAUACUUAUGUAGAAUAUUAUAGUUUGUAGCCAUUUUAUUAUGUUCUUUGUUUUCAAACUAAAUUAACAUUUUUACCUAGAAAUUAUUAAAUUUUAAACUGUAAAAAGAAAGACUUAUUUUUAUUAAUUUCUAUUUUCUACUAUUCUCUACACAGUUCAAUGUGUGAUUAACUGAUGUAUCAAUUUAUCAAAUCAAGGUAAUGAUUUCCAUGGCAAAAAUGGACAAAGUAAAAUAAGCAACAGAAAAAGAAAUUUUUAAAUAGUAAUAAAAUAACAAUUAAAUACAUUAUAUUGCAUAAAUCAUAACCAUAAUACAUCAUUAUAAUAAAAAUCAAUAUAAAUACAUAAAAAUUAUAUUAAAAAAGUUAUUACAUAUUUUUAAUAUUUUAAAGUUUUAAAAAGUUUUUUACAUUUAGUUAUCUUAAGCCAUAAAAAUAUUAUACUAAAUAAAUUAUAAAUGACUAAAAAAAUCAGCUUUGAUGAUAGACAACUUUUACCUUAUUUUUUAUCGUGUAUACUGUAGAUAAUUUAGAACUAGCCAUAAGUUAAUUAUAUCAAACACACAAUAUUAAAUUGACUAUUGAGCUCAUUCAGAAUUAUUUUAUUACCAUGUAAUACAUUUAUGUUAGUUAUAUGAGUAACAAAUUUGUAUGUAGCAGACAACUUAAUUGAGAAAAGGAAAAAAUAGAAAUUAGGAUAGAGAUAACAAA